AUGGCCGCUCUAUCAGGAGGAGAAAUGUGCGUCAAAUACCUGAUGUUCGCUUUCAAUCUCAUCUUCUGGGUGAGUCACUACUUAUACUAUUAAAGGGGCUGUGUGUGUGUGUUGUUCUUGUGGCUUGCAGACAACAGCAGGUUGAUUCAUAUAAAUUAUAGCCUAUUUUAAGGGUUUAUUCCACACAUGCAGGGUAGAGGCAGUGUAGAGCCAGAGGAGGAAGAUUCCCCUGUGAAUCUGUCUGGUUCCUCUCCAGGUUUCUUUCAUCAAUGAAAGUUAUAUGUGCAUUGUAAAGGGAUAACUGAGAAUUUGACAGUAGCUUACAGGCAGCUCCUGGCAAGUAUAAUUCUGUAUUUCAUAUUACAGUACACCUACUGUAAUAGAAAUACUGUUUCAAAGUAAGUACUGAAAGUAUUAUACUGUAAAAGUAAAUGCUACCGCAAUCGGAAUGAAUUAAUAUAUGAAUGGAUGAAUUAAUGAAAUUCAUUGAGGGGAGGGGUUUGUAUUUCACAGUAUUUUACUGUGAAUACAAGGGUUUGGUGCAAGCAGGUUGGCUGCUAGGUAAAGUGUUAAUGAGCCAGAAACAACAAUACCAUGCACCCACUAGUGGGAGAACGUUUUUUGGCGCGCCAAAAAAUACGAUACGGCACUGUAUUAUGUGGGGUGGAAUUACAGUACCAUUUGAAAUACGGCAAUUCUUUCCCCGCCCACAAAAUUUCCCGAUAAUGCACCAUAAUUUACAUUAUGUAAAAAAUGUCAGAGUAUUUUACUGUUGGUAAUACAAAAACAUUACGUAUAAUUUACCAUUUUCAGUUAGUGUGUUUGUGUGUGCGCACGCAUGUGUGUGUGCAUGUGUGUAUCUGUCUGAGGGGGGUUGUCAGUAUCUGCUUGGGGAAAGUGGAACAGUAAUUUAGCUGGCCAUGACUGGACUGAUAAAUGGAAUCUUGUUGGUGAAAGGUGAAAUAAUCUCUCACACACACACAAACCGGCCAAAUAAUCCCUGGUGGCCGAGUGACCCAGUUCCAGUGUGCACAGCAUUUCAAUAACUCAGCGUUGGCGUGUGAAUGUUUGUGUGUUGUGUUUUGUGUUGUGUCUUGGUGGGGUGUGCGAUGGUGCGUGAUGCGUUUAGGCCCAAUGCAGAUGAAAGAACAGAGCUCCCCUUGUUGCAUGAUUCAAAACAUGUGUCUGACUGUAGGUAGCUACAGUAUCUAUGGGUGUGUGUGUGUGUGUUAGGUUCUGCAGCUGUUGAGGGUGUAUUAGCAGUAGUGUAGUUGUGUAGUGCAAGCAGCAUGAUUAGAUUAAACAAACUAACUCAAUCACUUACAGAGUAGACCAACUCAAUCAUUAACAGAGGAAACCAACUCAAUCAUUCACAGAGUAGAACCCAGGUUGUCUGCGCUAUCCUCCCUCCCCCCAGCCCACUUCCCCCUCCUCUACCUUUCUGAUCAGGUGACUCCAAGGCUUGACAGUUACUCCCUACUACUUUCUCUAUCACUCUAUGCUCUGUUUAUCUCUCCUCUUGCUUUAUCCCAGUCACUCUCUGCGAUACUGUCUAGGGAAAUAGGAGAGAAGUGUUAAUGAUUUAGUUAUUGCUCUGUUACACAGAGAGAUCACGUUAGCAAUAUGGAAAUGUUCGGAAGGAUCAGGUGUGUGAAGUACAUCAUGUUUAUCUUCAACUUCUUCUUCUGGGUAGGUCUACUUUACUUAGCUUGAGUGAGUGUGUGUAUGUGUGUGUGGUGAAUGUUCUCUUUAACUAGGCCAUUUUCUCCGAACGGAGAACAAGGCAUGAGUAAUCUACCCCGAUUUACUGAGUUUAUCUGGCCUCGUUAGGUUUGGUCUGAUCACUGCAGAAGACGCACACACAUACACACACCAUGGAGCAGAGCACCAUUCUACAUCAAGGCUCUCUGCUAAAGUUAAUAAUUAAUUUGACUGAGGAGGCUGUGUGUGUGUGUGUGUGUGUGUGUGUGUGUGUGUGUGUGUGUGUGUGUGUGUGUGUGUGUGUGUGUGUGUGUGUGUGUGUGUGUGUGUGUCUGUGGUGGCAGCAGCAGCAGCUGUGGUUGUAAGUCUGUAGUAGAUUUGAUACUGUAUGAAGGAAUCAGGCCGAUGGCCUCUUCUUCUCUCCUCUGUGUGUUAGCUUACCCCAAGUCAGCUAACACACACACACACGGGUGGCAGGUAGCUUAGUGGGUAAGAGCGUUGUGCCAGUAACCGAAAGGUCUCUGGUUCUAAUCCCCGAGCCGACUAGGUGAAAAAUCUGUCGGUGUGCCCUUAAGCAAGGCACUUAACCCUAAUUGCUCCUAUAAGUUGCUCUGAAUAAGAGCGUCUGCUAAAUUACAAAAAAAUAAAUAAUAAUAAUAUAACCUGACAUAACCCUGUUUCUCAACAUGUCCCUACCUGCUCUCUCACCUGGCUUUCCAUGCCCUGGGAUAGGUGUAUGAUAUCUAAUAUUUUGUGUCUGUUUGUGGUAGCUUGCAGGUACAGGAGUGCUGGCUAUAGGGUUGUGGUUGAGGUUCGACCCAAAGACCAGAGGACUGUUUGAAGGAACAGAAUCUCCCUAUGUCUUCUUCACAGGUAAUGCAAACACUCACAUGCAAGCACGCAUGCACUCACACAUAUACUGAACAAAAAUAUAAACCCAACAUGCAAACAAUUUCAAAGAUUUUACUGAGUUACAGUUCAUAUAAAGAACUCUGUCAAUUGAAAUAAAUUCUUUAGGCCCUAUUCUAGGGUUUUGACAUGACUGGGCAGGGGUGCAGCCAUGGGGGAGCCAGUCCCAGCCAAUCAGAGGGCUUUAUUACAGACAGAAAUACUCCUUAGUACCCCCCCCCCUCAGACGAUCCUGCAGGUGAAGAAGCCAUUUUCUGGCAACAGCUCUGUUGGACAUUCCUGCAGUUAGCAUGCCAAAUGCACGCUCCCUGAAAACUUGAGACAUCUGUGGCAUUGUGUUGUGUGACAAAACUGCACAUUUUAAAGUGGCCUUUUAUUGUCCCCAGCACAAGUUGCACCUGUGUAAUGAUCAUGCAGAUUCUUGCUAUGCCACACCUGUCUGGUGGAUGGAUUAUCUUGGCAAAGGAAAAAUGCUCACUAACGAAUGCAAACAAAUGUGUGCAAAAAAAAAGAGAGAAAUAAACUUUCUGUGCAUAUGGAAAAUGUCUGGGAUUUUUUUUAUUUCAGCUCAGGAAACGCUUUACAUGUUGCGUUUAUAUUUAUGUUCAGUGUACAUAAUCAAAUAUCACUGCAGGGGCUCUGUUGAUGUUGGUGGUUAAAGGGUUAGGGUUAGGGUAAGGGUUAGCUAAAAGGAUUAAGGGUAGGGUUAGGGUUAGGGGAAGGGUUAGCUAACAUGCUAAGUAGUUGCAAAGUAUCUAUAAAUGUGUAAGUAGUUGAAAAUUGCUAAUUAGCUAAAAUGCUAAGUUGCCCAUGAUGAGAUUCAACUCGCAACCUUUGGGUUGCUAGACGUUUGCGUUAUAUGCCCACCCAUCCAUCCAUCCCGACCAACAACCCUACUCUCGUUUUUGCCUUAAGUAACCAUCUGUCUUAUGUAACAAUACCAAGCGUAACAUAUCAUACAUUUACUAUUUCACGUCUAGUCUAUGAGACCAGGCUGGACAGACAGGGAGACAGAUACUGAGUUCUGGCCUUGAAACUGUUCUGUAAACAGUGAUAUACUGAAACAAAGAGGUACAGAGUAUCUGACUACCAGCCCCAAUAACAGUCCAACUAAACACCAAAGAGAAAGAGAAAGAGGAGGUAUAGAGGUUAACUCACCAGCCCCAGCAUACAGGGAGACUCCUGAAUCGCUCCACAGCAUCCCAGGAACCCCACCACCAUCAUCAACGACCCUGCUAUUAUCAGGAUAUACACACCUACACACACGCACACACACACACAACCACCAACAUCAACAGAGCCCCUGCAGUGAUAUUUGAUUAUGUACACUGUCUGGUGGAUGGAUUAUCUUGGCAAAGGAAAAAUGCUCACUAACGAAUGCAAACAAAUGUGUGCAAAAAAAAAGAGAGAAAUAAACUUUCUGUGCAUAUGGAAAAUGUCUGGGAUUUUUUUUAUUUCAGCUCAGGAAACGCUUUACAUGUUGCGUUUAUAUUUAUGUUCAGUGUACAUAAUCAAAUAUCACUGCAGGGGCUCUGUUGAUGUUGGUGGUUGUGUGUGUGUGUGUGCGUGUGUGUAGGUGUGUAUAUCCUGAUAAUAGCAGGGUCGUUGAUGAUGGUGGUGGGGUUCCUGGGAUGCUGUGGAGCGAUUCAGGAGUCUCCCUGUAUGCUGGGGCUGGUGAGUUAACCUCUAUACCUCCUCUUUCUCUUUCUCUUUGGUGUUUAGUUGGACUGUUAUUGGGGCUGGUAGUCAGAUACUCUGUACCUCUUUGUUUCAGUAUAUCACUGUUUACAGAACAGUUUCAAGGCCAGAACUCAGUAUCUGUCUCCCUGUCUCCCUAUUUCUCUGUCUGUCUGUCCAGCCUGGUCUCAUAGACUAGACGUGAAAUAGUAAAUGUAUGAUAUGUUACGCUUGGUAUUGUUACAUAAGACAGAUGGUUACUUAAGGCAAAAACGAGAGUAGGGUUGUUGGUCGGGAUGGAUGGAUGGGUGGGCAUAUAACGCAAACGUCUAGCAACCCAAAGGUUGCGAGUUUGAAUCUCAUCAUGGGCAACUUUAGCAUUUUAGCUAAUUAGCAAUUUUUCAACUACUUACACAUUUAUAGAUACUUUGCAACUACUUAGCAUGUUAGCUAACCCUUCCCCUAACCCUAACCCUACCCUUAAUCCUUUUAGCUAACCCUUACCCUAACCCUAACCCUUUAACCUAGCCCCUAAAUUUAACCCUAACCUUAACCCUAACCUCUAACCCCUAGCCUAGCUAAUGAUAGCCGCUAGCUAACUUUAGCCACCUAGCCAGAAUUCGUAACAUAUCAUACGUUUAGAAAAUUCAUAACAUAUUGUACGUUUUACAAUUUCGUAACAUAAUACGAAUUGUAAUUCGUAACAUAUCAUACGAAAUGGGUGAUGGACAUCCACAAAUUAAUACCUACAAAACGCAUCAAAACAUACUAAAUGAUUUACAUACAGAAUAAUAUGAACUGCACUGAGACCAGGUUGGUCUCUCUCUCUCUCUGUCUUUCUCUGUCUCUCUCUCGUUUUCUCUCUCUUUCGUGUGUGUGUGUCCUAAGUCCCUCCUGACCGGGGAGUGGUUUGUGUCAGAGGACACUUGUCAAAUGACAUACAAAGCGGUUCAUGUGCGUAUCGGUCUCUUGCAGUUCUUCUUCUUCCUCCUCAUCAUAUUCGCCAUUGAGGUCGCCGCUGGAAUCUGGGGUUUUUCCAACCAAAGCAAGGUCCCAAAACAUAUUACAUCCCCUGUUCUGUGUUACAUUAAAGCCCUUCCCCUGCUAUUAUCUGUGUUACAUUAUAUUUCUUUCCUUGCUUUGUGUCACAUUGCAACCCUACAGGUGGUUGAUGACAUCACUCAAUUCUACAUGGAGACAUAUCAGAACUACCAGAACACUCGACAGGACACACUGAGAGAGACACUCCGUCUCAUACAGACUGGGGUAAUCAUGUGUUUAAUUUGUGUGCAGCCUUGUCUGGGGGGGGUUGGGAGCAGAGACAAUACACAUUUACAGAUAAAAACAGAUGGACACCUAAAUCAAAUCAAAUCAAAUCAAAUUGUAUUUGCCACAUGCACCGAAUACAACAGGUGUAGACAUUACCAUGAAAUGCUUACUUACAGCCCUUAACCAACAAUGCAUUUAUUUUUUAAUAAAAAUGUAAAAUAAAACAACAACAACAAAAAAGUGUUGAGAAAAAAAGAGGUAAAAUAAAAUAACAGUAGGGAGGCUAUAUACAGGUGGGUACCGGUGCAGAGUCAAUGUGCGGGGGCACCGGCUAGUUGAGGUAGUUGAGGUAAUAUGCACAUGUGGGUAGAGUUAAAGUGACUAUGUAUAAAUAAUUAAUAGAGUAGCAGCAGCGUAAAAAGAUGGGGUGGGGGUGUGGGGGGCAGUGAAAAUAGUCCGGGUAGCCAUGAUUAGCUGUACAGGAGUCUUAUGGCUUGUGGGUAGAAGCUGUUGAGAAGCCUUUUGGACCUAGACUUGGCGCUCCGGUACCGCUUGCCGUGCGGUAGCAGAGAGAACGGUCUAUGACUAGGGUGGCUGGAGUCUUUGACAAUUUUGAGGGCCUUCUUCUGACACCGCCUGGUAUAGAGGUCCUGGAUGGCGGGAAGCUUGGCCCCAGUGAUGUACUGGGCCGUACGCACUACCCUCUGUAGUGCCUUGCGGUCAGAGGCCGAGCAGUUGCCAUACCAGGCGGUGAUGCAACCAGUCAGGAUGCUCUCGAUGGUGCAGCUGUAUAACUUUUUGAGGAUCUGAGGACCCAUGCCAAAUCUUUUCAGUCUCCUGAGGGGGAAUAGGCUUUGUCGUGCCGUCUUCACGACUGUCUUGGUGUGUUUGGACCAUGAUAGUUUGUUGGUGAUGUGGACACCAAGGAACUUGAAGCUCUCAACCUGUUCCACUACAGCCCCGAUGAUGAGAAUGGGGGCGUGCUCAGUCCUCUUUUUUUUCCUGUAGUCCACAAUCAUCUCCUUUGUCUUGGUCACGUUGAGGGAGAGGUUGUUAUCCUGGGACCACACGGCCAGGUCUCUGACCUCCUCCCGAUAGGCUGUCUCAUCGUUGUCGGUGAUCAGGCCUACCACUGUUGUGUCGUCGGCAAACUUAAUGAUGGUGUUGGAGUCAUGCCUGGCCAUGCAGUCAUGGGUGAACAGGGAGUACAGGAGGGGACUGAGCACGCACGCCUGAGGGGCCCCCGUGUUGAGGAUCAGCGUGGCAGAUGUGUUGUUACCUACCCUUACCACCUGGGGGCGGCCCGUCAGGAAGUCCAGGAUCCAGUUGCAGAGGGAGGUGUUUAGUCCCAGGAUCCUUAGCUUAGUGAUGAGCUUUGAGGGCACUAUGGUGUUGAAUGCUGAGCUGUAGUCAAUGAAUAGCAUUCUCACGUAGGCGUUCCUCUUGUCCAGGUGGGAAAGGGCAGUGUGGAGUGCAAUAGAGAUUCCAUCAUCUGUGGAUCUGUUGGGGCGGUAUGCAAAUUGGAGUGGGUCUAGGGUUUCUGGGAUAAUGGUGUUGGUGUGAGCCAUGACCAGCCUAUCAAAGCACUGGCUACAGACGUGAGUGCUACGGGUCGGUAGUCAUUUAGGCAGGUUAUCUUAGUGUCCUUGGGCACAGGGACUAUGGUGGUCUGCUUGAAACAUGUUGGUAUUACAGACUCAGUCAGGGACAUGUUAAAAAUGUCAGUGAAGACACUUGCCAGUUGGUCAGCACAUGCUCGGAGUACACGUACUGGUAAUAUUUCUUGCCCUGCGGUCUUGUGAAUGUUGACCUUCUUAAAAGUCUUACUCACAUCGGCUACAGAGAGCGUGAUCACAUAGUCAUCCGGAACAGCUGGUGCUCUCAUGCAUGCUUCAGUGUUGCUUGCCUCGAAGUGAGCAUAGAAAUGGUUUAGCUCGUCUGGUAGGCUUGUGUCACUGGGCAGCUCGCGACCAUUCUACCUUGUGUGUUACAGUUGGACUGCUGUGGACCCACAGGUUCCGUUGUGGACUCUGCCAAAGACACCUGUCCCCGAAGAGACGGGCUGGAUAGCCUCAUCACCAAGGUAACCCCCUGCUCUGUGAUUGUGUUUGUGUUCAGGUGUUCCUCCAUCUUUAUCUCUAUAGCCCUUCAUUCUGUAUCUCUACAGCCCCUCCUGAUUUGGCCUAGUUUUUGAGCUUGGUCAUUAAUAAAUGCAGCGGCCAUGACUGAAGCAAAACGAGAGUUGUCUUUGCGGGGGGGGGGGGGGGGGGGGGGGGUUUAAUGCGGGCGUCUCUUGUGUGUGUGCUCACAUGUGGCAAGUGUUUGUACAUUCACUCUGCCAAAACAGUAUAAAGUUACAGUCACUCAUCCUUCUAGAUAACUUAAAACAGUCUAAACAGGUCUUGCAUCUUGAAGUCGCAUAGGCUAGCCAAGUUCUUUCGCCAAUUAGCUUCAGCUGGUUGGUGUGCGACUGUGGUAAAGUUGGUUUGACAUUGGAUAGCCUAUCUCUGAGGCUAGUUAGGGACCGUCAAUAAAUUACACAAUGUAAAUGGGACAAUAUUUUCAUGUUGCACAUCUUUUAGUUGUCUAAUUAAAUGCUUUCAAUAUUUGUAAAUACAUUUUUUAAAUAUAUAGUUGCUUUGAGGUUUUUAAAAUAUCAACAUUUGGAGCUAAUAAUAUUGAAAAAUAUUGUCCCAUGUACAUUGUGUAAUUUACUGAUGGUCCCUAACUAGCCCCAUAGGGAUAAUGUCAAUUCAAAUUGACAUUGGGUCAGCUGUGAAAUAAACUCAACCGAAGGAAAUCUGUUAAGAUACCCUUCAUUCUGUGACAUACAUUUUUUUCCCGAUCAUCUCGCAAAUCUCAGUUUUGGACAAGACUGACCAAAAUGAUUAUUUUAAAACUUUGUAGUCAAUUUUGACACUAGAAUAAACGUUUCUGACUCACAUCGAUGCAACAUUUUCAAAACGAGAAGUUGCUUUUUAGAGGCAGUCGCUCUUUAAUAUGUUUGUGUGUGUUGCAGAGCUGUCCUGAUGCUAUAGAUGAAUUGUUUGACUCCAAGCUGCACAUCAUAGGAGGAGUGGGUAUCUCUAUUGGAGUUAUCAUGGUGAGACACACACACACACACACACACGCACGCACGCACGCACACACACACACACACAGACACACAGACACACAGUGCAACGGAAGACCAUGUUAUCCCACUACGCUCCAUUACAGACAGAUAGACAGACAGGUUGACAGAGAGACUUCUCUACAGUAAAUAACUCUUCAUUUCCCAUUCUAUUCCACAGAUGUUUGGGAUGAUCUUCAGCAUGCUGCUCUGCUGUGCCAUCAGGAAGUCACGGGAGAUUGUCUGA